AUGGAAGGUUCAAGUCCUUCCAUUGAUCCAUUUUUUGACCCACUUGUAGGAUUUGAUUUUGAAAUUGAAUCAAAUUUUAUUGACAACCAUAUCAUGGGAGAGGAGAAGAAUGAUAUUGUGAUGGAUACUGUAUCUUGGAAGCCGCGUGAGGAGUUUUUCAAGGGUUUCGUCGAUGUUUCUGGUUCGAACAGAAUGAACAGAAUGAACAGAAUAAAACAUAGUUCGGUAGUUGGUUACCGAAUUUUGAACAUGUUUUCGACGUGUAGUUACCGAAAUCUUAUGUACUUACUGAAAUGUUAUGUAAUUUUGGCCAUGCCGAACGUUCGGCAGUUGGGUGACGCUUCAACGCACGGCAGCCAUAUAGGUCCAGUGACCAUAGCACCGGAGUGUACGACGGAGAAUGUGAGUGCGCACGGCAGCCACAUAGGUCCAAUGGCCCUAUAUGAUUUGACACGAGAGUUUACAACGGAGAAUGUUUUUGCAUCUGAAGAUAUGUUGAGAGAUUGGAUAACAUCUACCGGUAAGGAAAAUGGGUUUGUAAUUAUCAUAAAGUCGGCAGAGAGAAUGACAAAGAACCGAAGGCCAAGGAUGCGGUUUGCAUGCGAACGGGGUGGAAAGUUUAGACCGUUUAUCAACAAGGCAAAGGACAAAGGAGGUAAUGUGAAGGAGAAUGGCAAUGGCAAAGAAGCGAAGGCAAAGAAGAUAGCACGCGUCACAGGAACUAAGAAAUGCGAAUGCCCGUUUCAACUGAGAUGUGUUAAGGGGUUGGAAGGUUGGACUGUCACUGUCUACAACGGCAAUCACAAUCAUCCUCCUGCGAAACAGCUUGAGGGGCACGCUUAUCCCGCGAGGUUAUCUUUGGAGCAGUCGAAUAUGUUGGUGGAUAUGUGUGUUUCGUCAUUGUCUACACCGCGAGAGAUCCUAAGUCUAAUAAAGGGCAAGGAUGAAUUCAAUGUAAGUUCAAUUAAAACCAUCUACAACGCACGCUACAAGCAUGGGUUUAAGGACCGAGCGGGAAGAUCUCAAAUGCAAUAUUUAUUGGCUAAGUUACAAGAAUAUGGGUACAUCGAGUUUAAUCGGAAAGAUGACAAUGACUGUGUGAAGGACUUAUUUUGGUCACAUCCUACUUCUGGUGACAUGUUGCGUGCUUUCCCUCGGGUUUUGUUGAUGGAUUGCACAUACAAGACCAACAGAUACAGGUUUCCUUUGCUCCAGAUUGUUGGCAUUACAUCCACCGAGAGGACUUUUUCGGCUGCCUUUGCAUUCAUUGAUGGGGAGAAAGAGGAAAACUAUACGUGGGUGUUGGAGAAAUUGAAGAGUAUAAUGGAUCCUGCUGCACUUCCCGGUGUUAUUGUGACAGACAGGGAGUUAGCUCUAGUGAAUGCCAUUACAAGAGUGUUCCCAACGGCCAGCCAUCUUCUUUGUCGAUGGCAUAUUGGGCAAAAUGUAUAUGCCAAAUGUAGAAAGAUGUUUGAUGAGACGACUUGGGCUCUAUUUAAGCAUGCUUGGGAUUCACUGGUGUACUCACCGACUAUAUCUUUAUACGAGCAAACACUUUGUACAAUGAAGCGGGAGUUUGUGCUAUAUCCAGAUGCGCUUCUGUACGUUGAGACAAAUUGGUUGGGACCGUAUAGGCAGAAAUUUGUAUCAGCUUGGACGAACAAUGUAAUGCACUUUGGCAACCUGACAAGCAAUAGGGUUGAGUCUGAACAUGCGAAGCUGAAAUCCCACGUUGCGAAUUGCCAAGCCAACUUCUCGGCGGCCUGGGCUAAAAUGCACGACUUGGUUAAAUUACAAAUCACGGAUAUAAAGGGUAGCUUUGAGAAAAGUUUGAAUUGUUGGCAGCACCAGUUUAGAAUUCCUAUCUUUGACCAUUUAAGGGGAGCUACUUCACAGACUGCCAUGGGUUUGAUGUUGCCGGAGAUUAAGAAAAUUGAUGACAUGGUCGUGGAGGACAAGGUUGACUGUGGCUGUCCUAUUCGCCGAAUCCAUGGUUUACCUUGUGCUCACGAGAUUGCUCCAUUCAAGAAUCGGGGUGAACCCAUACCGUUGUCGUUGAUUAAUGAUCAUUGGAAGAUGCUUUCGUUUGAGAAACAUAAAGAUGAUGGGGCAAUUUUGAAACUAAUGAAUGCCGAUUGGAAUAUCUUUAUGGCCAAAAUGGUUGGCCAAAACCCUAUGACCCAUAUGCAUUGGAUGAAGACUUUGAAACCCAUUUUGAAUCCAUCAACCAUAUCCCUGUCUUCACCCCAACAGAAGGUCCAGACCCGCGGUCGAAAGUCCGGUUCGGUCAAUAAGUCAAUGCGUAGGAACCCGUCUGAGUUUGAGUAUGUUGAGGCAUCCUUGGAAACUCCUAAGUCGGUCAAGGAAAAAACCCCUAAGGCUAAGGCAGUUGUGAAAAAAAGGCCCAAGGCGAAUGCCAUGGCGGAUGUGGAAACUCCCGACAAGACCACAAAAAAAAAAAGCAUCAAUGCGGUGGAUGAUAAUAGCCCCAAGGGAAAGGCCAUUGUGAGAACCCCCAAGGCGGCAAAGGAGUUACCGAGGCGGAAGAAGCCAAAACUUCUUGGAACCCUUUUUGUAGGACCGUACCUUAAUAACUUUCCGGAACCAAUUCGGCCGCACGUAAAAUCUAUAACGGAUGUGACAAGUGAUGGAAAUUGUGGGUACCGAGCGGUAGCUUAUUUUAUGCACCAAUUCGAGCACAAUUGGAAGACAUGCCGAAAUGAUUUGCUCUUGGAGGUGAAUAACCAUUAUGACCUGUACGAAAAGAUUACUGGUAUCGGAGGUGCUAACAAGUUGCGUUAUAGAUUGUCGUUCUUUCAAGACGGAACUGCACCCGAAGAUAGGUGGAUGAUUUUUCCUGACAUGGGUCACGUUGUAGCUUCAACUUAUAAUGUGGUGGUUGUCCUCCUAUCCCAACUUCAAUGCCUUACUUUCCUUCCACUCCAUUCUCGUCCUCCAUCAUCAGACCAAAUAAGGGUUCUUGGAAUUGGACUUGUGAACGGAGAUCACUUCGUACAGGUUGAUCUAAAAGCAUGUUCCCCCGUGCCGCCUAUUGCCAACAAUUGGUUCAAAUUUCGAUGGGAGGAGGCCAAUGAAUGGGAGACACUUUUUUCUGCCGAAAUGGAAGCAUUUAAAGCCAUAAUAGGAAGUGAUGUAGCAACCGCUGAGUCGAUUGACGUAGAUUAG